AUGAACUGCCAACAACAAAUUGAAACCAAGAAUUUAGAUAUUGAAAUAUUGUUGCCAACAAUUGGUGCCAUUGUACAUAAUGUUGAUUUAUCUCAGUCAUUGGAUAAAAAAGUUGCUGAUCAAAUCGAGCAAGCAUUAGUCAAACAUCAAGUUCUAUUUUUUCGUGAUCAACGUUUAACAUCAUCACAACAACGUGAUUUUGCACGACUGUUUGGCAAUCUUAGUCUUGCUUUUCCAUUUUCGCCACAUGUUAAGGACAUGCCUGAAAUAACUAUUUUUGAGCAUGGUCCUAAUCUAAAACCUAAUAAUGAUGUUUGGCAUACAGACACAACAUUUACCGAAACUCCACCGCUUGGUUGUGUUUUAUAUGCACGUGAGAUUCCGCCAAUUGGAGGUGAUACACUUUGGUCAAGUAUGUACUCAGCCUAUGAUACUUUGUCAUUACCAAUGCAACAAUUUUUAAGUACAUUAUCAGCGGAACAUUCCUAUACAAAAUACUACAACGAUACAAAUGUUACCGACACUGAUCAAUUAGAAAAAGCAAAACGUGAAUUUCCGCCUUCAGUUAUACAUCCAGUUAUUCGAACUCAUCCAAUAUCAAAACGAAAAUGUCUGUUCGUCAAUAUUCUCUAUACAACACGUAUUCUUGGUCUAAAUGAUAAUGAAAGUAAAAUGUUGUUAAGUUAUCUAUUUGGUUUGGUAAAUAAGCCUGAAUAUACUGUUCGAUGGCAUUGGAAAGUAAACGAUAUUGCAUUUUGGGAUAAUCGAUCAACUCAACAUUAUGCUAUUGCUGACUAUUGGCCUAAUUGUCGACGUAUGGAACGAGCAGGUAUCAUUGGUGACAAACCAUUCUAA